CCCCUGACUGCCUUGCGGUAGCCAGACAAGACAAGACAAGACAAGAAGAGCAGAAGCAAAAAAGAGCGUAGCAGUUAAUUUAUAAAAGCGACGGACGGAGGCGCUUGGUGCAGCCGGCGGAUUGGGGGAUGGGAAGAACGUGGAUUCGGAGCCGCUGCUUAUUAUUUUGCAUGGAUGGCUAAGGAGAAAAGGGAGCUGCACAGAAAACCAUCUCUUCCCUGUUUUCGAUAAUAUCCGUAACAGUCCCAGUUUCCAUUCAGCCACCAAGUUCCCUAACAAAAGGAAACCACGCAGACUGUCAUCUGUCUAAAGAGUUGACAUGAAUGAAGAAAACAGCACUCCUUUUUCCUCUGGCCCCGAGUUUGAACAUACACAAAAAUCCUCGUCACAGGGUGUAGAAACACACCUCCUUGUGAAUGAGAAUGGACUGACUGCAGCCCACGAUUCUCCAUGGAUGGAGUAUAACCAAGGCAUAAAAACAGAACAGUUAAAAAUUGCCUGCACAAGCCAAAACCGUGGAAAUGAGCCAAACAGCAGUGGGACUGAACAUCUGGGAACAAUACUUGAAAAUAAAGCAGCAGGGAAUGAAGCACAGGAUGUGGGGAGAAUGCAAGAAUGGCCAGAUAAAGAAUGCAAUGCAUCCUUUGGGAACACUCAUAUCACAGGCCUGCUCAAUGGCCUGUUAGCAGACUCAAUCCAGACAGACAGCAUGGCAUCUAGACUGCGACUGUCUGAAGAGAGUUCUGGAAAUACUGUCAGUGAAGAAGAGGCAGCAAGCUCAAGCAGCGUACUGGAAGUAGUAACAGAGGAAGGACAGGAUCAUGUGACAAAUGUAUCACAUGGGAACAGGACGCUGGCAGAAGACGGAUUUGCAAGACAUGAAGAAAUCACUGAGAAAGAGACAAUCCAACUGAGGGAUAACCAUGAUGGCUUCAGUUCUACUUUUGAGAGAAUUGUGGAGUCUGAUCUCAUGAAGGGCACUUAUUAUAGUAGCUUGGAUUCCCUUGAUGUAUUGUCACUGACAGAUGAGACAGACAGCUGUGUCAGUUUUGAAGCUCCCCUUACACCACUCAUCCAACAAAGAAUUAAAGAAGGUCCAGAACUUUUGGAACAAAAACUUGUUGCCAUUCAGCAUGAUCUGCUAGAGCUAAGUACUGUCGAUGAAAAGGAGCAGGGUGCGAGUAAUUGUACCGAGGGCACCUAUGGAAGCCCACUCCGGAACUCAAUUACUAGCAGCAAAUCAGAGAAUGUCCUGAGCAGGUCAUCCUUGAAAAAUGUGCCAAAUGGAUUUCAUCUUAACGCAGAUGGCACAUUAGAUGAUGCCAGCAAGAUUUCAAACUCAAUCAGUGAUGCCAACUUGAAAGAUGUUCUUUCAGACUCAGACUCUGAAAUGGGCAGCUCUGAGCAGCUUGAACAGGGAAGCACAGACACUUUAGCAAAUGGCUGCAAAGCAGACACAGAGGCAGCUAAGAGACUUGCAAAGAGGCUGUACAACCUUGAAGGAUUUAAACGCUGUGAUGUAGCACGGCAUCUUGGCAAAAAUAAUGAAUUUAGCAAGUUGGUGGCUGAAGAAUACCUCAGCUUUUUUGAUUUUUCUGGUCUAACCCUGGAUAGAGGACUUAGGACAUUUCUGAAAGCAUUUCCAUUAAUGGGAGAGACACAAGAGAGGGAGAGAGUUUUAAUCCACUUCUCAAAAAGAUAUUGCCAGUGUAAUCCAGAUGGAAUGACUUCAGAAGAUGGCAUUCAUACGUUAACAUGUGCAUUAAUGCUGCUCAACACAGACCUUCAUGGACAUAAUAUAGGGAAGAAAAUGUCCUGUCAGCAGUUUAUUACAAACUUGGAUGGUUUGAAUGAUGGCCAUGAUUUUCCAAAGGAUUUAUUGAAGACUCUCUAUAACUCAAUAAAGAAUGAAAAGCUGGAAUGGGCAAUAGAUGAAGAUGAUCUACGGAAGUCUUUGUCAGAGCUUGUCGAUGAUAAAUGUGAAAGUGGACUCAAGAAAGUAACAAGAAUAGUGGAUAGCAGCAACCCUUUCCUUGAUAUCCCUCAGGCAUUUAAUGCAGCUACAUACAAACAUGGAGUCCUGACUCGAAAAAGCCAUGCUGAAAUGGAUGGGAAAAGAACUCCCAGGGGAAGAAGAGGAUGGAAGAAAUUUUAUGCUGUCCUGAAAGGAACCAUACUAUACCUGCAGAAGGAUGAAUACAAGCCUGAUAAAGAACUUUCAGAAGUUGAUUUGAAGAAUGCCAUUCGCAUACACCAUGCCUUAGCAACAAAAGCCACAGAUUACAGCAAAAGACCAAAUGUACUCAAGUUAAAAACUGCAGACUGGAGAGUAUUCCUCUUUCAAGCGCCGAGUGAAGAGGAGAUGCUGUCGUGGAUUUUACGAAUAAAUAUAGUUGCUGCUCUGUUCUCUGCGCCAGCAUUUCCAGCUGCCAUUGGUUCUAUGAAAAAGUUUUGUAGACCUCUUCUACCUUCAUCUACUACUAAACUUUCUCAGGAGGAACAAUUGAGGUCCCAUGAAAACAAAUUAAAACAAAUUCUGGAGGAAGUGGAGGAGCACAACUCCCACCCUGCUGACAAAACUCUCAAGUCUAAGGAAGCAGAAGAGUACAGACUUAAAGAGCACUACUUAAUAUUUGAGAGAAGUCGAUAUGACACGUAUAUCCAUCUCCUGAAAGCCAAAUUAAAGGUGGAAAGUGAUGACCUAGAAAAAAUCGAAGCCAGUCUUCUCUGCAGUGAAACAGAUGAAAGUUACUUGAGAAAGACACAGUCUAGUCCCUCACUUAACCAAGGACACAUGUCUCUAAAUGGAAGAGCCGAAAGCAAGGAAAUUCUGGAAACAAUAAGCUAAGAAAAAAGGAAGAUGGUGUACAGGGAUGAUGGUGUCUGAAUCACAGAAGAGCACAAUUGACUGUUUCACUGACAAUACUUUGGAUGUUUGAAAUAUCCUUUCAAAUAAGAGCUAUGUAUUGAACACUUUAGCAUUCUAUAUGUAACAAGGUCUCAUGUUUCCAGUAUUAAAAUCCAACUUACACUUUUUUGCCUCAAUUCCAGAAUCCCUGUAUACUCACUUUGGCUGGCAGAUGUGUUGUUUAAUGCCACAAUGCCUUUCUACUAGCAUGCUUUUCCAAUUUAUGCUUGAUUUAUACCAAUUUACUUCCGCUCUGUUGUUUCUGGAAACACAGAAACUCAGGCCCCUUUUUUAAUUUAUUCUUUCCAGAUUAUGCUGUGUUGCUACCGACACACUAAUUAGCAGCAGGACUGCAGUGCCACUAUUUAAAACGUUUUUAACAAAAACUUGAAAUUUACAAAAAUAGAAUAUGCCUAAGUUUGCAAUAAUAACCCAAUCAUAUAUUAAACAAAAAAAACAUAAAACAUUUGUUGCACAUGAUAGGUGAAGAGAUAUUGCUUGAUUUUACAAUUCUAUAGCUGUUAUGCUGUAUAUAAAGCACUAUUAAGGUAUACAUAUUGCAAAGAAAAAUAAUGGCAGUGUUACAAAUCAUGUUUUAAGAUUUUGAAAUUUCAAUGGUACAAAAUGUUUUAAAGUAAGGUUUUUUAAAACAGUGUGUAUAUAAUCAGCUAGUAUUACUGCCUCUUUGUUAUUUGCUACUGAUUUCAAAAAUCAGUAGUACAUUAUAGGUUUUUUCCCUUUCUCUGUCAACAAGCUACUUUUCUAGUAAACAUAAUAUAUAAUUCUGCGAAGGAGGUGAAAACAUAUUUUCUUGCUUUGAUUACUGUGUUUUCAAUAUGGAAUAUGUAUGUGGAUAUUUAUAUACUGUGUAAUAUGAUCACUCUGUCUACAUCUUGCAAUUUACCAUAUUUAUGGAGAUGUACAAAAUGGAAUGAGAAACAGGCUAAGAAAUGCAGUUCCCCUCAAAUGUACUCGUAUGCCAGAAUAUCUUUCUUUUUUUUCUUUUUUUUUUUUUUGUGCUGGCGGAACAUAAUAAAUUGAAGCUUCUCCUCAAAGUUUUCAUGUUGAGGUUGGUAUUGGUGACAGGGUCUGUUAUACUGUAUCUGUAUUUUUAUUAUAUUCCAUAUAUUACCAUUUUAGAGAAGAAUAUAUGGCCUAAUGAUUAUACCAGUACACUGUACAUCAAAGGUUGUGUAAUGAAGGUAUUUAUUUCAUAAUGCCAUUCUAUAUUUGAAUAUGCUAAAAUAAUUCUUGAAAACUGAGUUUGCAUACGAGUACAAAGUCAAGAUCCUUCAAUGCUAAAUGCAAGCAACUAUGAAAAGUAAUUGUCAUAUUAAAAAAGUGUGGUUGUAGAAAACAAGUUAACAGGUUCAAAGUUGAGUUUAGUCACAAAUGUAUGAGUGUAUGGGAAAAAAAAGAGGAUUCACUAGUUCGGCAUCUUAGAUGAACCAACGGUCCAGUGCAUUAAAAAAUUGUGGGUGUGGAUUUAAUACAGAAACAAAAGAAGCUAAAAGUGAAUCAAAGCAGACAAGAGAAAUGUAUUUAAAAAAGAAAGAAAGAAUUUCAAAAAAGUGUAGAGUUGCACAAACAGCAAAUUUGUGAUUCUUUUUUCUGAAUCACCAAUGCCCACAAUCUAUGUAAUGCACUUUGUUUUGCAGAUUAUUUUACCUUCUACUGGGAUCUAACCAGUGAGAAUAUGUUAAAAUACUGACCAACACAUUACAACUUUGAUUUACCAUAUAUACUUGCGUUUAAGUUCUCCCAUGGAUAAGUCAGGGCUUGAUUUUGCUGUAUAAUUUCUGGUUCAGUGACAGGACUGGUUAGAAAAUGUUUUCUUGUUCAGAUUUCUAUUGCCAUAUUAAAGCUGGCAUUUUGACACAUUUUAAAAUGUCUCAGCGUUCCUAUAAUUAAAAUAUGAAGUUCAUGGCCUUAUUAUGAUGUUGAAGUCAAACAGGCACUGAAGAGAAAGUGCUGCUCAAGGUCUUCAGUACAGAGAAAAGAGGUUUAUCACAGUGUCCACAACAGCAUCUAAAUACAUACUGUACAAAAAUGAUCAAAUUACCGUUAAUAUUAUAUUGCCUAGCUCUUCAUCUGGUAUGAUUUCUUCAUUCUUUGUUUUAAUUUCCAGAUUUUGGAAAAAAAAAAAAAGAAUCAUAUGUACAGUUUUCUUAAUUUUAUGUAUAGAAUAUAUAUAUUUUUUACCUUAUAAUCAGCGCAUAUCCUAUUCUUAUUCUUCCUUCUUUCUUGCCAGUGCUUUCCUGUUUUGGGCUUUUUGAAUAGAUUACAGUAGUCCAAAGUCCUGCUCAUCUGCUUUGGAGAUCAACUAAAUGUCUCACCCUCUAAAAAUGGGAGACCAUCCUGGGCAGCUUAAUGUGUCAGCUCAGCUAAGAAGUCCUUAUAGAGGAGCUUCUCACACAGAGCUGCCCUUUUACGAAGAAGCAGCACUAUAUAUAACCAAGUUUUAGUAUAUAACUAAUUAGAUUUAUUAAUUUCCAUGAUACAUUUUAUGUCAUUUUUUGAAACAUUUUACAAAUUGUUUUACAUUUUUCAAUUUUAAAACAUUCAUUCAUUGCACUUUAUUAUGUUAAUGCUUUACAUUCUGCUUGUUGUAAUUUUUGUAAUUUAUUUUUUUAUAUUUAUUGUUUUCUUUUUUUGGAGAAAAAUAUGCUGGAGUCCAGUUUGUCAAUGUUUAUGUUUUUUUUUUGUUAAUGUUAUUUAGAUAUUUUUUUAUAUUUUAAACCAUAUUUUAUUUAUUGAUAAUUGUAUGCUGGACAUAAAGGUUAAAUGUAAAUUUGAUCAUUUUAAAAUGUUUCACCAAAUAAAAAAUUUGAAUAUGAAAACACA